AUGGUCUACAUGUUCAAGUACGACUCCACCCACAACCGCUUCAAGGGUGAGGUCAAGAUUGAGGGCGACAAAUUGGUGAUCGAUGGACAGAAAAUCACUGUCUUCCACGAGAGGGACCCCGCUAACAUCAAAUGGGGCGAAGCCGGAGCAGAGUACGUGGUGGAGUCCACUGGAGUGUUCACAACCAUCGAGAAGGCCUCUGCCCAUCUGAAGGGCGGUGCAAAGAAGGUGAUCAUCUCCGCCCCCAGCGCCGACGCCCCCAUGUUUGUGAUGGGCGUCAACCACGAAAAGUACGACAAGUCCCUCCAGGUCGUCAGCAAUGCCUCCUGCACCACAAACUGCCUCGCUCCUCUCGCCAAAGUCAUCAACGAUAACUUUGGCAUCGUUGAGGGUUUGAUGAGCACAGUCCACGCCAUCACCGCCACACAGAAGACCGUAGAUGGACCUUCUGGAAAACUGUGGAGAGAUGGACGUGGAGCCAGUCAGAACAUCAUCCCCGCCUCCACUGGAGCGGCCAAGGCUGUGGGCAAGGUCAUCCCAGAGCUCAAUGGAAAGCUGACCGGUAUGGCAUUCCGUGUCCCCACACCCAACGUCUCUGUAGUCGACCUGACGGUGCGCCUGGAGAAGCCCGCAAAGUAUGAGGACAUCAAGAAGGUGGUGAAGGAAGCUGCCAACGGCCCCCUGAAGGGCUACCUGGGAUACACAGAAGACCAGGUUGUGUCCACAGACUUCAACGGUGACACUCACUCCUCCAUCUUUGACGCCGGUGCUGGCAUCGCUCUGAACGACCACUUUGUCAAACUGGUGUCAUGGUACGACAAUGAGUUCGGCUACAGUCACCGCGUCUGUGACCUGAUGGCUCACAUGGCGUCCAAGGAGUAG